GCCACGCACUUGUUGCACUAGUCCCGCGAGAUAGGGGAGCAGGAUGGAUGACCACCCUGCUCCCCUCCCUACCAGCCCCAGCUGUCAGCCCCCUUGCUGACUCCCCCACCCUGCCCCCGGUACCAUGGCGUACAGCGAGGAGGACGGCACGGUUGAGGAGAAGGAAAACAACAACAAGAAGAAAACGAAAAGUGCCCUCGCGACCGCAUGGCUCACUUUCUACAACAUCGCCAUGACCGCCGGGUGGCUGGUUCUGGCCAUGGCAAUGAUGCGCUUCUACAUCCAGAAAGGCACACGAAAGGGUUUGUACAGAAGUAUAGCAAGGACACUCAAGUUUUUCCAGACCUUUGCAUUAGUUGAGGUGGGACAUUGUGCCAUCGGGAUUGUGAGGACUUCUGUGAUUGUAACCGGGGUGCAAGUGUGUUCACGGAUUUUCAUGGUUUGGUUCAUCACCAACAGCAUCAGACAGAUCCAGAAUGAAGAAAGCGUAAUCCUAUUCCUGGUUGUGUGGACGAUCACAGAGAUUACCAGAUAUUCCUACUACACAUUCAACCUGCUCCACCACCUGCCAUACUUCAUCAAAUGGGCCAGAUACAACCUCUUCAUCGUCUUGUAUCCCCUGGGAGUUGCCGGAGAACUGCUGACCAUUUAUGCUGCUCUGCCGUUUGUACGCAGAUCUGGAAUGUACUCCAUGAGGCUCCCCAACAAGUAUAACGUGUCAUUCGACUACUACUACUGCCUAAUCAUCGCCAUGUUGUCCUACAUCCCACUGUUUCCUCAGCUCUACUUCCACAUGCUGCGGCAGAGGAGAAGGGUGCUUCAUGGGGAGGUCAUAGUGGAGAAGGACGACUAGACCAGCCACCACCUCAUGCCUUGGUUUGAGCCAGCCUGCCUCCACCAUCACCCUCACCUCCCCCACUUCAUCUCCACCUCCUCUUUAGCACCAUCGGCUGUUACGGUCUUCAUUGUAUGGGACGGGAAGAGACGCACAGAUGACAACCUGUCCAACAAGAGCAAAAACAAUCAGGAAGAAAGGAGUUUACCAGGACUGAGCAAUAAUAACUGAUCCUAAGUUUACAGGAUUAAUUCCUGUUUGAAUGGUAAUAUUGGACACAUGUUUACAGUCCCAGUGUUGCUGCCUUGAAGUUAUGUUGUCUCAGCACACAGUCCUCACUCACCAGCCUUACUGCACCUCACUGAAAAAAAUGAGCCACAGCAGAGUCAUAACACCUGUGUGAAGGAUAAACAAGAGACUUCCAAGGAAAUGUGAAAUGAAACAUGGGAGGAAGAUUGUAAAUUGUGUCCCGUGAGUUGUCCAAACUUCAUCCCACCACCAACCCAAUUGGCAGUAUUAAUUUUUAAGUGUAUUCCACCAAAAUAACUUUAUACAGAAGAAGCGUGGCUGUACAAAACAAGGUUUAAAAAGAGAAAAUAUUCAUAGUUCUAUCAUACCUCAACAAUAAAUCUACAUUUAGACAAUAUGCUGCUUCUUUUGUGUAUGUUUGUAAAUGAUGCAAUGUGAAAUGAGCGGUUAUUAGCAUAUUUCUUAAUUUAUUCACAUAAUGGAUCACUUAGAGCGCAGCUCAAACUUAACAUUUUCUCUGCUUGGCUCCUGCAUUCUUCUAUGUUGCUUUGAUGUUUACUUUGUCAAAUGUUAAUUUACAAGAGAGCAUCUUAAACAGAUUUGAGUCUUCAAAGAUUAGCAGCUUUUUCUAGACUGCUGUAGGUGAGACUAAAAUUUAGGUUUUUGUGAGCACUCGCAGUCUUCAGUCGCUGUUGUUUGUUUUUUAACAUAAAGAAUCUCAUGUCCGUGUUAAACGAAAGGUAGUUAGAUUCCCUCCAGCUAAAGGUGCUAUUGUAAGAUCAUUUCAGUCUUCUGUGCAGCUGAAGGAUUGACUGUGAUUGAGUAAGAAAACAGGAUGUGAAAUUAUUGAGAGGAAAUGUUGCAUAGCCCAUGGUUAUCUGAGAAAGUCAACAUCUUUGCUUAUAAUCUGGGUUAGAGAGGAGAGAAACAAUUAAAGUAAAUGUCACAAA